UGAGAGUACAUCCAGUGCCUCACUGAAAGUUAUUUCCACACCUGAGUUAAUGUUUAUCCAAGUUAACAUUUCCACACCUGAGUUGUUAUUUUUAGCUAGAGUUAAAAUAGUGUGCAGAACUGUGAUGUAGAAGCUAUAUUACCAGGUACAGAUAACAAAAAUCAGAACUGCAGAAGAAAGGAUAGCUUGAUCAGUGGAGCAUGAAGACCAUUACAAAGGAGAGAGGGUCAUUAACAUAUGUGGAACGAAGAUUUUUGAAAGAAUGCGAAGCCAGGAAGUCAAUGGAUUCCCUCAGAACUGCCUGAAUAGAUAUGCUACUGCCACUGCAAUCCAGUUUAUUUUGAACUGUAGGUGGACCAGAAUUAAAAGGAGGAUGCAACUGCACCACUGGAUCCACCCCUGCAGGUAGAAGUGCACGUUCAUUUCACAGCCCUUCCCAGUCUGGCUGUGCACAAGGUGCAUGGGGCAGAUCCACCUGGUCCCUGUGGCAGUGCCCACACUGUGGCACACCUGAGAGGGUCUCAGGGUGCUGGGGUACCCCAACUGAGAACUACUGGUCUACUGUAUGGGACAGACAUGCCCAGUACUGGCUCUUCAACUGGCAGAUUGACAGAUCCCAAGUCCUGCCCUUCUGGAAAAUGUUGUGCUGGUAGACCAACUCUGGGUUUUCAUUAAUAUUUCUGCUACUCAUUUUUCACGAAUUAUUAUUUUACAGCCCCUCUUCCUGAAAAUACAGAGGGACAGCCUGUUCUAAAAGUUCUAGUCACUUUUUUGUCAAUUGUAAGUACUUCUGAAAAUGUUCUGCCUGCCUCUAUCAUGUAAUUUCCAACAUGUUGCAAUGAGAUGGUGGGACUACUCAACAGAGGCUUGUGUGCAGCACAGAGAAUUUCUAGGGGCAUGGAUUUUCUUCAUUUAUUCCCCUUCUGAAGACGGACUUUGAUCACCCAGCAUGUAGAUAUUCCUGCAGAACACUAAGGAAAGAUGUGAAGGAGGAGAAGGCAAAUGUCUGGUGAACCAUUUUGGCUUGUGCAUUCCCUGAGCAGCACAGGGCUUAGGGUCACAGUGUGGUUACCAACCAGGGCAAAGAAUGGUUUGAUGAAAGGAAAUCAGAUAAGUAGAAAAGAGCAGAGGCAAACUCUGAAGUGGAGGAAUAAAAAGCUAAAUUUGAUAUACUGGGGAAGGCGAUUUGGAAGAGAGGUAAGUGUAGUGAUGCUGAAAAGGAAGAGCAGCAGAAUUCUCUCCCAUAGUUUAGAUUUCAGUAUAGAGAGAGAAUGAGGGAGGACUCAGAGGUCUGCUGCCUGUGUUACAGUUUUACUGAUGGGGAGGAGGGUGAAAUAGAGAGUGGGCAGAGAUGGGUAACGAAAUUAGGAGUCUUAGCCAUGUUGAGUUUGAGUUGAUGACAUGCCAGGUACAUUUAAUUCAGCCUCAUGACUUCUCCCUCUGUCCUCAUGGGGUCAGUCAGUUGCAUCCACAUUUACAGAGGAAGAAACAGAGUCAUGGACAGAUCAAAUCCAAAACCAGGAAGUUAAUCUAUAGCUAGGCACUUAAAUAAGACAUGAUUUAUGGAUGUCUUCUUGAUAUAUAGUCCUGUCUAGUGUCAGUGGGAGCCACAGGGAAAUCUGGUCACAAAUGUGAAUAUGUAAGAGGGUUUCUGCAGCCUAACAAACUUAGAAAUGCUAGUACUUCUUCCCAAGGGCCAAAUGCAAGUUACCAGCAGCAGAGGGGUUCUUGUAUUGCAGCCACAGGCUUUUCCUUGAGGCUAUGUUUUUUCUCUCCCUAGCCUGGGAGACUGCCUCCCUUCAGCUGUGUUUUCUUUGCAGCAGACAGGUGCGGUUUCAGAGGAUUCAAACUCUGCCCAUUCAUGGGCAUCGGGCAGGCAGAAGGCCUCUGAGAAAUCGGCAGUCAUUGCCCAGAUCGUUCUUCAGGGGCACAGCAGACUGGUUUGGGGUAAGCAAAGAUAGUGAUGCCACUCAAAAAUGGCAAAGGAAAAGUCUUCGCCACUGCAGCCUGCGAUAUGGGAAGCUGAAACCUCAAGUCAUCCGGGAAAUGGAUCUGCCCAGUCAGGAUAAUAUCUCCCUGACCAGCACAGAGACCCCUCCUCCUCUCUAUGUUGGACCAUGUCAACUUGGCAUGCAGAAGAUUAUAGAUCCUCUGGCACGAGGGCGAGCGUUUCGUAUGGCUGAUGAUAAUGAUGGCUGCAGCAUGCCUCAUACACCUAUCACUCCAGGUGCCACAUCACUGUGCUCCUUUACCAGCUCACGGUCUGGAUUCAAUCGGUUACCACGACGGCGGAAGAGAGAAUCUGUUGCCAAAAUGAGCUUCCGAGCAGCAGCAGCUCUAAUGAAGGGCCGCUCUGUGAAGGACAGCACCCUCAGGAAAGCUCAGCGGCGCAGUUUCACCCCAGCUAGUUUUCUGGAAGAGGACACGGUAGAUUUUCCAGAUGAGUUGGACACCUCAUUUUUUGCUCGGGAAGGAAUCCUCCAUGAAGAGCUCUCUACAUACCCUGAUGAAGUAUUUGAAUCUCCAUCUGAAGCUGCACUCAAGGAUUCUGAGGUGAAGCCUCAGGAUCAGGCAGACCUGACAGGAGGUGCCUUAGACAAAAAUGAACUUGAAAGAAGCCAUCUGAUGCUUCCUCUGGAGCGUGGUUGGCGAAAACAGAAGGAAGGGACUCUGCACCAGCCAAAAGUUCGCUUACGGCAAGAAGUGGUGAGUGUGAGUCCACAAAAACGUGGCCAGCGCAUUACUGUCCCUGUCAGGAAGCUCUUUGCUAAGGAAAAGAGGCCGUAUGGACUGGGCAUGGUGGGCAAGCUGACAAACCGCACCUAUCGCAAGCGCAUAGACAGCUACGUGAAACGGCAGAUUGAAGACAUGGAUGACCACAGGCCUUUCUUCACCUACUGGGUCACCUUUGUUCAUUCACUUAUCACAAUCCUGGCAGUGUGCAUCUAUGGCAUUGCUCCUGUGGGGUUUUCUCAACAUGAAACUGUAGAUUCAGUCUUGAGAAACAGGGGGGUUUAUGAAAAUGUCAAAUAUGUUCAACAAGAAAAUUUCUGGAUUGGCCCCAGCUCAGAGGCCCUCAUCCAUCUAGGGGCGAAGUUUUCACCAUGCAUGAGGCAAGACCAGCAGGUGCACAGUUUCAUCAGUGCCAAGCGGGAGAAAGAGAAGCACUCAGCCUGCUGUGUGCGCAAUGACAAGUCAGGCUGUGUGCAGACCUCAGAGGAGGAAUGCUCUUCAACUCUGGCUGUGUGGGUGAAAUGGCCUUAUCACCCCAGCACACCAACACUGGCAGGAAACAAGAGGCAAUUUGGAUCUGUUUGCCAUCAAGAUCCCAGGGUUUGUGAGCAGCCAGCCUCCAUGGAGCCACAUGAAUGGCCAGAUGACAUCACAAAAUGGCCGAUCUGCACUAAGAACAGCGCGGGGAAUUAUACCAACCACCUUCACAUGGACUGCGUUAUCACAGGCAGGCCCUGCUGCAUUGGGACCAAAGGAAGGUGUGAAAUAACAUCCCGGGAAUAUUGUGACUUUAUGAAGGGGUAUUUCCAUGAAGAGGCGACACUCUGCUCCCAGGUACACUGCAUGGAUGAUGUCUGUGGCCUCCUGCCCUUCUUAAACCCAGAGGUCCCUGACCAGUUCUACCGCCUCUGGCUCUCACUCUUCCUCCAUGCUGGGAUUCUGCACUGCCUGGUUUCAGUCUGUUUCCAGAUGACUAUCCUGCGGGACCUAGAGAAACUGGCGGGUUGGCAUCGUAUCUCUAUCAUCUAUUUGCUCAGUGGCAUCACUGGAAACCUAGCCAGCGCAAUAUUCCUGCCAUACAGAGCAGAGGUUGGUCCUGCAGGAUCUCAGUUUGGAAUCCUGGCUUGCCUCUUUGUGGAACUUUUCCAGAGCUGGCAGAUCCUGGCACGGCCAUGGAGGGCCUUCUUCAAGCUGCUGGCUGUGGUACUUUUCCUCUUUGCCUUUGGCCUUCUGCCUUGGAUUGAUAAUUUUGCCCACAUUUCAGGGUUCGUCAGUGGCUUCUUUUUGUCCUUUGCCUUCCUGCCCUAUAUUAGUUUUGGGAGGUUUGAUUUAUAUCGAAAGCGAUGCCAAAUCAUAAUCUUCCAGCUCAUCUUCAUUGGACUCUUCUCUGGACUUGUGAUUCUGUUUUAUUUCUACCCAAUCAAGUGUGAAUGGUGUGAGUUCCUCACAUGUAUUCCAUUCACAGACAAAUUCUGUGAGAAAUAUGAUUUGGAUGCACAGCUCCAUUGAAAGGCACAGACUGGCUUCUCGAGCAGGCCUUGGUGUUGGAUGGAUUUUGCAUUUGCUGUGCCAGUUCCUCUAAUCCUAUGACACUUCUAAUCCUUCUCAUGGUUAAUUUAAACUGUCUCCUUCACACUUGCCAGAUCCGUUUUGCCUUAUCUCAGAAGACUCGCAUUUUCUGUAAACAGAACAACUGUGCCUUGUUCAAUUGUAUUGAGCCCUCUCUGCUGCCAUAUUUUUAUUACACUAGUUUCAAAACUACAUUUUAAACCAGAUUUGUUUACUACUGUAAAGGUGGUGAUUAAAUGGAAAGGUAGCGUUUUAGCUGCUGCUAACUGUUCUGCACAGAUCAUGGCUUUAUUUGUUUGCUUUAGCAUAAGCACAAGUCUCAGGCACUCACUGUCCAUGUCCUUUUCCUUUAACCACAGCCUUAGUUUCACAGUUCCAAAUGACUUUGUCAUUUUUAUGUAUUAGCUGCCAUGAUCAAUUUUGUAAUAAAUACAGGCUCAGUUAUAAGUCGCUGCCCACUCCAUGCCUACCAGUCCUCAGGUUCUUCUGUUCCUGAAUAUCUACCUUUUUCUUUCACUUUAGUUGCCCCAAAAGUACCUGACUGACCUGCCUUCCUUGUACCUUCCCUAAACCAGUCCUUGGAAAAAGAACUGGAGCUUCUAAGGUUGUUCUAUCCCUUCCAGGUGCUGACAUCCUCAAUGUGCUUACCACCUCCACCUAACAUGACUCCUCACCCUUAUGCUUGGAUCAAUAGUACUUUGCUUUUACAUCAGCCAUAGUUUUCAUAAUAAUAGCUAAAUACCAUGACACACACAGAAAAAGUGAAGUCUAACAACAGUGGUGGCUGAAUGCUACAUACCAUUCUCCUUAAAAGUCAAAUGAAUAUUCAAGUGAGCUCACCCUGAGCUGCUUGUUCCCUUUUUAGAUACCCUUUCCACUAUUGUUCUAGUAAAGGAGUUUCCAGGCACAAAUAUAUAUGGAAACAACAAAUUAAGCAAAUCCUCUCAAAAUGC